GACCGCGACAAUUUGCGCAGAAAAGGGGAGAUAUUUCUGUGUGAUCAAUGUUUUUGGAAUAACAAAUUGUCUUCUGUCACGAUGAUGGAAUCUUGCUUUAAUAGCAAAAUAGAGCGAACGGAGCCAGUAACUGUAGAUGAUUUGAAGAAAGACUUAUUCGCAGACUUUUCCGCCAUACCGUCUGUUUUGGCACAGGAUUCAUCUGUAUUGGAGAAGGAACAUUUACGGGUGUACCUCCGGAUAAGACCAUUUACAUCAGCUGAGAACGAUAACGGUGAAUCUCAGGAGUGUGUCACGAUUGCAUCCCCAGACGUUGUUUUGCUGAAGGCUCCGCGGACCUCUCUGUCAGCACGGCUCAGUGAUAAGUCCGUUCCUCAGACAGCUCAGAGAUUUCAGUUCUCGAAGGUUUAUGGCCCAGAGGCCACUCAGAGGGACAUUUUUGAUGGAACAGUAAAACAUCUCGUCAAAGAUGUUCUUGAGGGAGGAAAUUCUCUGGUGUUCACGUAUGGAGUUACCAAUGCUGGGAAGACCUUCACUUUUCUAGGCUCUGAGUCUGAGAGUGGGGUCCUGCCAAGAUCUUUGGACAUCAUCUUCAACAGCAUUGAUGACCGAAUUUAUAAGCAGAUGAACAUCAAGCCUCACCGUUGUCGAGAGUACAUAAGGUUAACUAAAGACCAGCAGGAUGAAGAGGUUACGAAUAAAAGAAACAUCAUGCGAUUGUCAAAAGAGACUGAUUCUCAGAGAAGCAUGACCAGCCAGUUGAGUUCCACUGCCAGGACAACUAUUCUAGAAGGCUCCACUCUGAGUGAGCUAGAUGGACUCACUGGUGCAGAUUGUUUCAAUCUGGAUGUGGACGAUCACACAAAAUACUCUAUCUGGGUUUCAUUUUGUGAAAUCUACAAUGAGAAUAUCCAUGACCUGCUUGAACCUAUAUCAAAUGGCCCGCUCAAGAGAAACGUGCUUCGACUGUCUCAAGACGUAAAAGGCAAUUCCUUUGUGAAAGAUCUAAAGUGGGUUCAAGUGAAUGAUGUUCAUGAAGCAUACAAAGUUGUUAAAGUUGGAAAGAGAAACCAAAGCUUCUCCUGUACCAAGCUCAAUAACUUGUCAAGCAGAAGCCAUAGCAUCUUCUCGAUUCGGGUCCUACGGAUUGAAGACGUGGGAAUCCCCCGUGUCCAUACAGUCAGUGAGUUAUCUCUAUGUGAUCUCGCUGGGUCGGAGAGAUGUGCAAAGACCCAGAACUGUGGGGACCGCUUAAAAGAAGCUGGAAACAUCAAUACUUCACUGCUCAUUCUUGGGAAAUGCAUUAAUGCAUUGAGACACAACCAGCAAUCCAAGCUGCAGCAGCACGUGCCCUUCCGAGAGAGCAAGCUGACCCACUAUCUGCAGGGCUUCUUCUGUGGUCGCGGAAAAGCCUGUAUGAUCGUCAACAUCAACCAGUGUGCCUCAAUGUACGACGAGACCCUGAACGUGCUCAAGUUCUCAGCUGUGGCUCAGAAGGUGGUGGUGCUCAACGCAAAGCCCCUUCCCGUCGUCUCCAAGAAGUCCUGUCGGGAUGUGUCCUUCAUCAUCAACAACGCCGAUCGCAAGAACCUCUGGGUGAAACGCAAGAGCUCUCUGGUGGGCUGGGAGACCAGCCUGGAGGAUGUGCAGGAACAUGACGAUAAUUACGAGGAGGAGGAGGAUGAGGAAGGAGAUGAGAGCAGUUGUGUUGAGAGCGUCAUGAACGAGACCAUUCAGGAAGCAGAUGGGGAUGAGGAGGACAUUGAAAUCGAUAAGGAUUCUCAUGAGAACCAGCUUUUACUGAUCGAGGCGUUGAAGCAGAAACUCCGUAAGGAAGAAGAUGAGAAAUUGACCAUGGAGUCUCGUAUUCGUGAGGAGGUCACCAAGGAGUUCAUGCAAUUGUUCUCACAGAUGGAAGAUGAUUACAGUGAACGUCUCGCCAAAGAGAGAGAAAUCAUUGAGGAGAGAGCAGAGAGACGUUUGGAAAUACUGAAGAAUUUAGUGAGCAAAAAUUCUGCUAAUGAAGAGCCCAUGAGUGACUCUAAAGAACAGCCUAAGGAUAAAGUGGACCUCUUUGACGGAAUGAUUGAUUUAAUGCAAGAUGACCUGGAGAAGAUCAAGAAGGAUGCAGAGGCUGCUCAGACGUGUCUGGUCAGCCUGCCUGGUCCUCGUGAUUCCGUUGCCAACCUGGAGAAGCAGGUCUCAGACGUGUCUGAGGAGCUCCUUAAAGCCCAACAGCUCCUCACUCUCAAAUCCACAGAAGUGGAUGCCAUGUCCAAUCAAACGCAGAAAUUAAAUGAACAACUUGAUGAAGCAAAAAAAAAUUUUGAGUCCCAAACACAGAAAUUCCAGGAACUUAUGGAAAUCUGUCAAGAAAAGGAUGACAUGAUCUUUAAGUUGCAAACUGCUAUGGACCAGCAUGUUGAAACUGCUGCAAAUGAUAGGGCCCUUAUUGAUGCAAUCAGGGAAGAAAUCCUCAACCUGCGGAAAAACUGCAAGUGUUCACUCAGCGACAGCUCUCAGAGAGAGAGCAGGAAACGCUCCAUAGACCUCCCGGACGAUUGCAGCAAGCAGCCUCCCUCCAAGAAAGCAACUCUUGAAGAGAACUCCUCUACCCUGGAUGAUGAGAACAAAUCCCCGGAAGAAAGUACUGAAGAGGAAUCGGACAUUGUGCAGCAACCGCUUGUAUCUACCCAGGGAGAUAUUCAGAAUGACAUUAAGCUGAAGGAUGAACGACUGGAAGAACUGAAGCAGGAAUCCAUUUCCUUGGAGAGAAAAGUCAGUGAGUUAGUUGAGGAUCUGAAGCAACAGACGUGUGCUUGUGAAGCUGCCAUGUUGUCCCUGGAGACGGAAAGAAAGGAAAAAACGGAGCUUGUUCAGGAAAGGGAGAUUCUGACUGCUCGGAUGGGUGUCCUCCAGCAAGACUGUGAGAAGAUGGCCAGUAAGCUCAGCGAGAUGGAGUGUGAAGUCCACGAGCAGACGGGGAAGACCAAGAUGCUCUCUGAAGAGUUAAAAUCUGCAAAAACUCUCCUGAUGGAACACAACGGUGACACCAGGGAGAUGAGCAAGCAGAUUGAAUCCUUGACGCAGGAUGCUGCGCAACUUGGGCAGGAGCUGGAAAAAUGCAAAGCCGUGUUGGCGAGAAGGGACGGCAGCGGCAGCCAUUUUCACCAGACGAUGGACGCCCUGCACAAAGUGUGCGAGGACGUGGUGAACGAGUCCUCUCAGAAAAACCAGCAGAUUCAAGACCUGGACCAAGAAGUCAGCCGCUGCAGACAGCAGGCUGCACAGCACCAGCAGCUCUGCGAGGAGCUGAAGCAGGAACUGGACUGUCUAAGGGAGGAAAGGCGCUCUGACCUGGAGCGAGUCCAAACCGAAAGGCAGCUUACCGAGGAACUGAGAGGCCGUUACUCUGAACUCGAGGCUGAGGCCAUGAGCCUCAGAGAGCAGAUGGCCUCCAUCCGGGCUCAGACGCAGGCUGCCGAAGCCUCCUCUGCUGCGGCCGCUGAACUGGAGCAACGGCUGGCGGAGAAGGACUGUGCAGUGGAGGAACAGCUGGCGGAGAAGGACCUUGCAGUGGAGGGACAGCUGGCGGAGAAAGACCGUGCGGUGGAGGGACAGCUGGCGGAGAAGGACCGUGCGGUGGAGGAACAGCUGGCGGAGAAGGACCGUGCGGUGGAGGAUCAGCUGGCGGAGAAGGACUGUGCGGUGGAGGAACAGCUGGCAGAGAAAGACCGUGCGGUGGAGGAACAGCUGGCAGAGAAAGACCGUGCGGUGGAGGAACGGCUGGCGGAGAAGGACCGUGCGGUGGAGGAACAGCUGGCAGAGAAAGACCGUGCGGUGGAGGAACGGCUGGCGGAGAAGGACCGUGCGGUGGAGGAACGGCUGGCGGAGAAGGACCGUGCGGUGGAGGAACGGCUGGCGGAGAAGGACCGUACAGUGGAGGAACACCUGGCGGAGAAGGACCGUGCGGUGGAGGAACGGCUGGCAGAGAUGGACCGUGCGGUGGAGGAACGGCUGGCGGAGAUGGACCGUGCGGUGGGGGAACGGCUGGCGGAGAAGGACCGUGCAGUGGAGGAACAGCUGGCGGAGAUGGACCAUGCGGUGGAGGACCGGCUGGCGGUGAAGGAACGGCUGGCGGAGAUGGACCGUGCGGUGGAGGAACGGCUGGCGGAGAAGGACCGCGCGGUGGAGGAACAGCUGGCGGAGAAAGACCGUGCGGUGGAGGAACGGCUGGCGGAGAUGGACCGUGCGGUGGAGGAACGGCUGGCCGAGAUGGACCGUGCAGUGGAGGAACAGCUGGCGGAGAAGGACCGUGCGGUGGAGGCCCUGCAGAGGAGCCUAGAGGAAAGUCGCAGCAAGCUCCAAGACGUGGAGUCUGCGUCUUUACAGGAGGCCAGGAAGAAGGAGGCAGAGCGACGGCGGGAGCUCCUCAAAACCGCCGAAGAGGCCAUCGCCCUGAAGGGCGCAGAGCUGGAGAAGAAGACUCAACAACUCUUGAGCUUAAAGGAGGAAGUGGCCAGCAGCUCAGAUAAAAUCAGGGCUUUGAAUCUUGAUUUGGAGCGAAAAGAAGAAGAUUCUUCCGACAUGAAGGAGAAGCUGGCCGAUUCAAAAAGACAAAUACAACAAGUGCAAAAGGAGAUUUCCUCCAUGCGUGAAGAGGCAAAAUCGCUAAGACAAAAACUCAGUGACGCUGAAAGGCUGAAAAGUCAAGCUCUGAGUGACCUGCACAGCAAGGACCAGUAUAUCCAACAGUUAAAGAGUGAGCAGGCUUGCAAAACCAAGGCUGAUGGAAACCUCCAGCAUUACCAGAAGGCUUGCGCUGAUCUGCAAGCCAAAGAGCAGGUUAUUGAAGGAAUGCGCCUUGCACUGAUGGAGCAAGAAGAAACCCAGGCAGAACAGGAUCAAGUUCUUGAGGACAAAUUGGAUGAGAUUGAAUCUCUGAACAAAGAAAUUUCAACCUUGAAAGAAAGGUUCCUCAUUCAGAAUGAUGUGGAAGGUGGCAGAAUUGCUCCAGUUCUGGAAGGAUGUAAUUCCAGUGAAUGUAAACGUGCAAAAGAAGCAAUUGAAAAAACAGAAGAGAACCUGAAGCUCUCUAAUGAGAAACGUCAAAGUGACAAGAAGAAGUGGCUGGAAGAGAAAUUGCUCCUCAUACAUCAGGUGAAGGAGGCAGAGGAGAAGAGGAACCAGGAUAUCAAGAAGUUUGCUGAUUACCACAAACGACAUACCAAACUGCAGGCAGAAGUGGAGUCCCUAUCAAAGCAGCUCUCUGAGAAAGGCGAUGACCUUGUGAAGUGGAGAAAAGAGAGAGACACUCUGGUUGCAGCUCUAGAAAUCAAAAUGCGGAACCUUGCAGCGAGCAAUCUCGAGAAAGACCAAAAGCUGAAGGAACUCCAGAACCAGUCUAAUUCUCUGCCACAAGAGAACAUCAAAAAAAAUGUUCCUGACAUGCAGCGCAUCUUGUCAAAGAAGGAAUCUGAAAUUCCGGAGUUGAGGAAACAACUGACAGCCUUAUCAAAAAAUGUCAAUACAUGUCCUGAAAAUAAUAGAUUAUCAACUCUGACCGAAGUGUGUGAAAAUGGAUCUGCAAUAGACAAGGUUCCAUUUAAGAAACCACAAGAUAUCAGUAUGAUAUCAUCGGCGAAAGGUGAUUGCAGCUUGCCGAGCUCUGAAGAAAACGAGGUGUCAGUGCUGGACUCCUCUGACCUCUCCACGCAGAACGGCAGACCCAGUCGCUUCCCCAAGCCUGAGCUGGAGAUUCAGUUCACUCCGCUGCAGCCCAACAAGAUGUGCGUGAAGCAGCAGGGCGACGACUCCGCCGUGACCGUCAAAAUCACCCGGAGCGGGCGGAAGAGGAAGAGCGCUGAAAUGGACAAGGAUCCAGUGGACAGUGAAAACCGGAAGAACACCAGAUUCCGAGCACCAUCCAGGGUUCCUGCAGGGUGUGAGGAGUCCCCAGGCAUGCUGGGUAAACGCACAGACCGGCUGAGGCAGGACCAUUCCCGGUCCAGCCUGAAGAGCAAAAAAGACGGAACUCUGCAGAAAAUUGGGGACUUCAUCCAGAGCUCGCCCAACCUACUCGGAAGUAAAGCUAAAAAGAUAAUUGGACUUGUCAGCGCUAAAUCCCCUGAACCAAGUCUGAAUUCCAAGCCAAAGAAGUCAAAAAGAAGGCUCUACAAAACUGAAAUAUCCUCUCCAUUUGACAUACCCUCUCAUCCGAUCAUUUGUGUGGACCAAGAUGAGAAGAAGGAAAGUGAUCAUCUCAUUAUAAAGAGAAAGCUCAGGACAAGAACAGCAAAGAUCUAAGGGAGACUAUUCAAAUGCCAAUCAGUACUGUAACUCUCCAAAAAAUUUUAAGAAAUCAAGAAAUAUAGACAUUUUCUGAUUUAAGAGCUGUUUUUCUUUCUCUCUUAAUUUUUUACUUUUUUAUGCUUUUGUAUAUACUGUAUUUUAUUUACAUUGACUCUCAUUACCUCUUGUUUAUUUUUCUUUGGUUUAGCCUGUUAGUCAAGUCCUUCCGUGCUCCAGUAUUUAGUUGAUAAUGGAAAUGUGGUAGCAUUUCUGGAAAAAAAAAUAAAAAAAUAACUGACAAUGAAUCGGGGACUUUAGGUCAGUGGUUCCCAACCCUGGUCCUAGGAACCCCUUUGUAUGCUGCUUUUUUUUCUUGCAAUCCCUGAAUUGAAACAAGCUGUUAAUGUGCUGUUCAUGUUUAGAAGAAUUGUUAACCUCUUAAGCCAUAUUAUGUAAAAAUGGCUAUGUAUGGCAUGAAGAAUAUCAUCUUAUAUUUAUAUUUUGCUUAUUGUAUAUCAACACAUUUCAGUUUCUUCAGAAUGCAGGUUUGGCUCAUUAUGAUUUCCUUUUUCUACAAAAUUGUUAGUUUUCGUGGCCAUGGGUCCACACUUUCUCCAAUUAGGAGCCCAUCGAUUCACCUACAUCUUUAAUUUGAUCAGUUAAAUUAUCUUGUUACCUCUUCUAUGCAGUUGUUUGCAAUAUAUCAUAAUAAGCACAACAUGAAAAUCAGACUGUUAUUCUUUGUGGAAUGCUUUGUUAUUUCUGACAUAAUGUGGCUUAAAAUUGUGCAAGAACCCUCAAGAUAAGAAAAGCACUGAAUUAAAAACAUCGACAGCUUGUGAAAAUUCUGCGAUUGCAGAACUGUGGUUGGAACGAAAAACAAGCAUACACAGGGGGUCCCCAGGACCAGGGCUGUGAACCACUUCCUCAAGUAACUUACUAAAGCAAUAAAAUGAAGGACAUUCA